CUUGUUCCAGCUUAAAAUAUAAAAAUAUAUAAAAAGCUUAAUGCGCAAACGACUCCGUGUCAGUAACGUCCGGCCCGGCUCAUAUAUAUGACUAUAAACAAAGCCGCCGCGACCCAAUCCCGCCCUUGUCCGGAACUGAUGACAUGGACAAGCUAGCGGGUUCCUCCGGGGACGACAAGACCCCCUUCCGCUCAAGGAAGCGCGCUCGCUCAGCGCUCGACGGCGGCGGCUGCUCCCUUCCCGGCGGCGGCCUUAAUCAUAGGGGCACGAUUAGGGACUGGGCGAACCUCGGGGACGGGCCGGCGGGCCACAUCGCCGACCUCGCCCUCGCCAACGACGUGGCCGACUACGUCCGCUUCCGCGCCGUGUGCCGUCCGUGGCGGCGGUGCUCGCCGGACCCGCGCGCCGCUGGCCUGGACGCACGCUUCCUCCCUCGACACUGGAUUAUGCUCGAAAAUGCCUUUGCAGGUCCCCGCAGACGCUUCUUCAACGUCCGCACCGGCGAGUGCAUCAGGACAGACCUCCCGUUGCUCGCGUAUCGCCGCCACCUGUUCGCGCUCCCUACCGAGUGCCUCGGGAUGGACCUCCCGUUGCUCCCGUUGCUCACGCUCACCACCGAGGGCCUGCUGCUGCUGCUCCACGAGCCCACCCACACGCUCCGCCUGCUCAACCCGCUCACGCUCCAGCUCACCCGCCUCCCGCCGGUCACCGCGCUCCUCAGGCCAGACCAGCAGGAAGCCAUGGCUCGGGGCUCCGAGUUACGAGACAUGAUUCGAGUGUGUGCCGCCAGCAUUAUUGUUGCAGCCGGCGGCGCUCCCAUUGUGGCAGUCACUUUCUAUAACCCCAUGGCGCUUGCCGUCGCCAAACCCGGCGACGAGACCUGGGCCGCCAUCGACCACCGCGACAGACUCGACAUCACCAACUCCUUGCCUUUCCGGGGCCGUUUGUACUGUGCCUCCCGCUUGGGCGUCAUGGUGCUCGAUAACAUCAGCUCGGGACAGCCUCGGCUUGUGAUGGCCGCCGAGUGGAUCAAGAAGCCAUUUUAUUUGUGCCCAAUGUCGGCUAGCCUUCACCUGGUGGACAAUGGCGGGGAGCUCAUGCUGGUGCACCGAGAGCUGCUACCCAUGGACUAUACUGAUGAAGAUGAAGAUGAAGAUGAUGAUGAUGAUGAUGACGAGGAGGAGGAGGAGGAACACCACAAUCAUGAUGAAGAUGAUGACCGCCAAACUUACUCGAGGAAUUACCAGGUUUAUAGAGUGGAUUUAGAUGCCGGGAUCCUGAUCCCAGCAGUCAAGAUCAACGGGCGCGCCGUCUUCAUGGGCAUGACCCGCACGAUUUCUGUGUCACCGGAGGCCUUUCCAUUUCUCACUGCUGAUACCAUCUAUCUAGGGUCCGAUUGUGAUUCGGAAAUUUCAGGUUAUAAUCUAGUGGAUGGCAGCAGGGAGCCUUGCAACUACGGCUCCUGCUACCCGUCUAGCAUGGUGGAAUGUCUCUGCUGCUGUAUCAAAGGUACAGGCAAACUACUUGCCUGAGUUCACGGAUCGUGCUGUCUGUUGUCUCUUGUGCACAUAAUGAAUGUAUCAAAGCGCUUAUGCGCUCUUAUUUAUAUUUGUUGUCACAUUAAGCAUA